GACUCGCACUCGAUGUUAAUCCAUCAACAUGAAUAAAGUCUCAUGCACAUUCUCUGCCAGCUGCUUAGUAUUCCUCGCCACCGUUAGUUGCUCAUUGGCAGCAUCGAGCAUCUGGAGCUGUGCUGUAAACGUUUCUACUAUUGAAUUCAAUGUAUCACGUAUAUCAGGCAUUUGGUAUGAGACAGCGAGGUUUCCCGAGACAGAAGUGCCGGCUUGCGUUAAAGUGUCAGCACCGACGACUCCCAUCGAUGGACACUACACGCUACGGAUGAAUUAUUUCAAUAACGUCGAUAAAGGUUGGAAGAAUACUACAGAAGAUAUUGUAUUUACUUGGAAUGAGAAUACGCAAAACGGUACAUUCGAGCUUGUUUAUGGUUAUAGCCCAUUCAGCAUAACUGUCAUUUUCAAAUUGAUCGCAACGGAUUAUGAGACAUUAGCUCUCGUUUGCGGGUACUCACCUAUGGCCCCACAGAUUAACCUCAUUAAGGUACUUACCAGACACGCGCCGCUAAACCCGAUAUUGAUUGAGAAGAUCAAUGAUUUGGCCAACAUUUAUAAUGUUGGUUCACUCAUCACCUGGGUGGAGCAUUCGAGCAGAUGUAACGCAGCCAGCAAAACAGCAGCGUCGUUUUUGCUCUUGUUCGUUUUGGUUUGUGGAAUCCAACAAGUUUUGAACUAUGCACAUUUAUAUAUAUAAUACUAAUAGUGAAUUGAAAUCCGUUAUUUUAUCAAAAGUUGAGUGUAGGAAAGAAGUAGUGUACCUCUAAUAUAACUUAAAAAGCGUAAACAAUUCAA